CUCCACUAGAUUUCGUGUUUUUGUUGUUGUGCCACUGUCAUGGCGUAAUUUUCUUGAUUCUAUCUUAGUAAAUACAAUAAUUAAAAGUAAAAUUUUUGAAUACAAACCAAGUAUAGAAAAAGUUUAAAUAAAUAGCGUUUUAGAUAAAAGAGAACGCGUGAAUUAUCGCCUAUUUGCAUAAAAGGUUCGGGUAGUCUAAAAUGAGUGAAUUCUUUAAAUCAGCAAUGGGCUACUUCAAUACAGCCCCAAAUACCAAUAUUGGUGGAGAUACUGAGAAUGGUAGUUCUGGCAACGUAGCUCCUACGUCAACUGCAACGACAAACGAGUUUUGUGGACAAAUUGUUGAAGUAGCAGGACAUAAGCUCCGUGUAAAGCAAGUUAUUGCUGAGGGCGGUUUUGCUUUUGUAUAUGUCGCGCAAGAUUUGCACAGUGGUAAAAAAUACGCCCUCAAGCGGCUCAUUGGUACAGAUAAGGCAGCUUGUAAUGCCAUCAUUAAUGAAAUUAACACACACAAACAGCUUUCCGGACAUCCGAACAUUGUUACAUUUGUCGGAGCAUCAUUUAUCGAUAAAACAACUGGACCUCAACAGCGCGCAGAAUAUUUGCUACUAACGGAGCUUUGUAAUGGAGGUUCGCUUAUAGAUUGCUUGAAUACUCCACUCGAUCCCGCAUUGGUCCUGCGUGUUUUCUAUCAAGCAUCUCGUGCCGUGGUUCAUAUGCACACUCAAACACCACCAAUAACACAUCGCGAUAUCAAGAUCGAGAACUUUCUUAUCGGCAAUGAUAAACAACUUAAACUCUGUGACUUUGGAUCUACAACCAAAGAAACAUAUGCCCCGACAAUUGAUUGGGGCGCGAAACAACGUAAUAUUCUAGAAGAUCAGCUUAGCUCUGUCACAACACCAAUGUAUCGCGCGCCCGAAAUGCUAGACACAUGGUCAAAUUACGAAAUCGGUAUAAAGGUGGAUAUUUGGGCUUUGGGUUGCAUUUUAUAUGCUUUAUGCUUCCAAAAGCAUCCGUUCGAAGAUUCAGCCAAACUGCGCAUCGUUAAUGGGAACUAUAUUUUACCAACUGAUUCGCGUUUUCACUGUUUUCAUGAAAUAAUCAAAGGCUGCCUAAAUGUAAAUCCAGCGCAUCGCUUCAAUAUAUCGAUGGUGCUAGAACGUUUGGCUGCUAUUGGAGAAACAAAAAAUUGGUCGCUCAAAGGUGCUCUUGAUUUGCACGGCAAACCUAUAGAAUCUCCUCAGCCUAGAAGUCCAAUAAAUUGCACAAGUUCUCCGCAAGUUAGUGGUGGCACUGGAGCACAACUCCCACAACCAACACCUAAAGUUGCAGAAAGUGUUGGCAUAUCUACUUUUUAUGUGGACGACUGUUCAGGCUCGGCUGCCCAGCCAGCAGGCAAUAAUCAACCACAGCACCAGCUACCUAAUAAUCCACCAAGUGCACAAGCCGGGAACCCUGGUGCAUCAAAUAGUAGUUUAUUUUCAUCGUUGCGUGGAGGUGCUGGAAGUUUUCUAAAAAAUCUCAAAGACACUUCCUCAAAGGUUAUGCAAACAAUGCAACAAACUAUCGCUCGUACUGAUCUAGACAUAAGUUACAUAACGUCGCGUAUUCUUGUGAUGCCUUGUCCUUCAGAGGGAUUUGAAUCAGCUUAUAAAACUAAUAAUAUUGAAGAUGUGCGAUUGUCCAUUGAAAGUCGUUUCCCACCACAAAAAGUAAGCAUAUAUAAUUUUGGGCAAAGUAACUGUCCACGACUGUCGCCACCAGUACGCACUGUCGAAGUGGGUUCCAUUUAUGCUUGUGUGCAGGCACAUUCGCCCAGUCUGCAAGGUAUGUUUUCGGUCGUCGAAGACAUGUACGGCUUCCUAAUCGCCGACCCUAAAUCUGUGGUUAUCAUUCAAACGAGUGACUCAGGUGGUUGUUCUGCGGCUACAAUAGUUGGGGCGCUUCUCAUGUACGCGAACUUAGUGCAGGAACCCGAAGACGCAGUGCAAGUGUUCGCUGUGAAGCGCCAUCCCAUUAACCUUAGACCAUCGGAAUUCCGUUAUUUAUAUUAUUUUGGCGAUAUUUUGCGUCCAACACCGCUAUUACCGCACUACAAAAGCAUCAACUUAGUUUCGUUGAGUUGCCAACCUGUGCCGCGUAUGACCAAAGCACGGGAUGGCUGUCGUAUUUACAUGGAAGUCUACUGCAAUGAUCGACUAUUCUUGAGCACUUUGCAGGAUUACGAAAAGAUGAGAUUGUAUUUGGCAGGACCAGGUAAAAUUACAUUGCCCAUCAAUCUGACGGUCUGCGGAGAUCUGAUAAUCGUACUCUAUCACGCGCGAAAUGCGCUCAAAGGCAUGGUGCGCCCACAAAGCUUAAAGAUAUGUCAAUUUCAAAUAAACACUGGUUUUAUCCCGGAACAAGAAACAUUAAUCACAUUCUCCCUGAACGAUUUGGAUGAUUUACCGGAUGCCGAUCAGGUGCAUCAUGACUUUUCGGUUUCGCUGUCUUUGACUUUUACGGAUAACGAAUGUCCGCCUAGUAGAAAUCCGCCCUGGGUGCCAGCAAAACCAAAACGCGACGCGCAACAUCUCUUUAGUUCACAGUUGGAAUACGAGGAAAUGGUAGAUAAUUUUGUCACAAAACCUAGUACAAAACACCCAACAAAGUCUGCAAGGCCGCAGCCUCCAAAAGAAAGUAUAGAAAAAUCCUUGCGUUCUAAUUCACCGCUUAUAUUGCCGGAUGUCACCGAAAUAAAACAUGAAGAUGUGCAACACAUCCAGCCUGAACCAUCACCUCCAAUUGAUUUGCUCAAUUUGAACCAGCCCCAACCGCAACUGCCGGUGCAAGAUCCCCAAGCCACAGCAAUGCCAACAAGCGACGCUAGUUUCGAUUUACUGGGCGCUUUCGGGGAUGAUAACUCAACAGGUAUAGGCUCAGCACCAAUACCUGAUAUUUUGGAAAACAACAUACAGCCCACUUCAAAUGCCGAUCUUGAUGAUAUCUUCGGCUCGGUCGCCUCGGCAGCGCCGAGAAUCAAUGUAGAAUUCAAUAGUAACAACACACCACUUAAUGCAGGCGCAUCCCGGUCUGCAAAGUCAACACCCACGCCAGCAACAGGCACUUUCUUCGGCUCAGUGCCAACGUUCAACACCAACCCCAGCAAGGAGCCAUCACCACAAAAUCCAAAAGAUCCAUUCGCUGAUAUUGCCAAUUUAGCUUCUGGUCUCAAUAUCAACUUCAAUCCACAUACAUUGGGCAGUAAAUCAACAGGUGCUACACCCAUCGGCAAUAGCCCAUAUACAACACAAUUUUCCAGCCCCACACACACCACAAGCGGUGUGCGAACACCACACCCACCGCAGCCAACCGCAACUGCCUCGCCGAAUCAUGUGAAGUCGCCAAGUAGUGUGGGCGGUUUUGGUGCGUCCUUUACGCCUGGUCCACCAUUCUCGUCAUCUUCUGGCCAAAAUUCCAAUCGACAAUCGCCGCAAGCCACACCAGCAACGGCUGGGUCAAAUGCGCAAUCAAAUAGACCAGACUAUAGUCGGUCGAAUUUCGAUACGCCAAAGUCGGGGCAAAAUACUGGUGCACAAGCUAAUAAGAAUGCUGACAUUUUCGCAGAUAUACUGGGUGAACAAGGAUACAACUUUGGCAGCAAAAUGCAUCAGGGGCCACGGUCCAUCAAUGAAAUGCGCAAAGAGGAUCUCAUUAAGGAAAUGGAUCCGGAAAAAGUUAAAAUCAUGGAAUGGACUGAGGGCAAGAAGAGUAACAUAAGAGCGCUCCUAUGUUCGAUGCACACGGUGCUUUGGACUGGCGCAAAAUGGACGAAGUGUGAAAUGUCCACACUCAUUACGCCGGCCGAUGUAAAAAAAUCGUACAGGCGCGCCUGUCUUGCUGUACAUCCGGAUAAGCAUAACGGCACGGAAAAUGAAAGCAUAGCUAAGUUAAUAUUUAUGGAGCUAAACAACGCUUGGACUGAUUUUGAGAAUGAUACCACACAACAAAAUUUAUUUAACACAUAAAAUGUGUAAUUACAGUGCGAACAAUGCAGAGCAUCGAUACCAUCAGCAAGACCUGCCGCGAACCAAUCUUUUUUGAGAUGCGUUAAAAAGCAUUAAAAGUAGUUAAUAUAGGAAUAUAUAAAUAAAUUACAUACAUAAUUUUUA